AUGGAUAAUCGAAUUCAAGAUGAAUUACAACUAUUACGCGAAAUGUUUCCAGACGAUUUCGAAGUUCAGUUUAAUGUAAAUCAAUAUACUGUUACUUUUGUAGUUACUCCCGGGAUAGGAUUUAAUAAUUCCCCGAAUAAGUUUAUAAAAUUUAACCUAAAGGUGAAGUUCAGUUUGAAGUACCCAAAAGAAUCACCUACAAUUUCUAUAGAAUGUGUUCAUGGUCUAAAAGAAAAAGACGUCGCAAAAUUAUCAUCCCUCUUGGAAGAAUUAACUUUGGAACGAAACGGCGAUCCAGUUCUUUUUGAUCUCGUGGAUUUUUCUCGUGAAUUUAUUUCAUCUAAUAUCCCAACUGUUGAGUGUGCAAUAUGCUUAAAUCUCUUCCGAAACGAAAGCGAUGUUUAUUGUACCACAAAUUUUCACUAUUUCCAUACCUACUGUGUUGGUGAGUAUAUGAAUCGUAAACGAGUGGAAUAUGAAGAGGAAAUAAGCGAAUUACAAACGAAGUGCCCAUACAAUAAUUAUCCACCAUUUGAAGUACCUUGCCCAUUGUGUCGUGCUGAAUUGCUACCUUACAGUGAAGACCUUGUCAACUUAGUAAAUUCACAGAAAAAUAUCGAAAACUAUGACAGUACAAAGUAA